AAGUUUAGGUACGCGUGCCCCCACAUUCUCUUUAGCCAAGCCUUUGGGCGGCUAUGUAUACCACUCCUUGCUCCUCUGCUGUGUGCCUGUGUUACCACUGCCCAAUUCAAACAGAGCUUUGACUGGCCUUCCUGCUCUUUUGCCUCCCUCGUCCCUAGCCUCUCUUCUUCUUCUCGCAUCUGCUUCUGCUUCGCAGCUUCAGUCACUGCGAGAUGGAGGCGCAAGACGACUGCAAGUGGCGCCAGGUCCCGGCGUUCGGCGACUGGAACCUGUGGGACGACAUGCCCAUCACCCAAUACAGCUUCUUCUUCGCAGCGCAGGCGGAGAAAGAUGAGGACCUUUUCAAGGUGCCCCAGUUCCCUGCCAAGCCCUACAGCUACAAGAAGUGUGUUGUUCGAGUGAAGGGAGAGAGAGCAAACGCCGUGCCGGUGAGGAAGGCAGGCAGAAGGCAGUACGUGAAUGAGCAGCAGAAGUGGAAGCCAAAGGGAGCAGUGGAUGAGGACCUGUACAAGAUAUCUCCACAGCUUCUCUGCAAGGUGAAGAAGAAGAAAUUGCUGAGGAAUUUGCUAGGAGGGUGCAUGGGUCUGAAUUGCAUCGCCUGAAAGAAGCAGAGCUUAAUAAGUUUCUGGAGAGUUUUGUGCUUUAAAGAGAUGUAUAGUGUUUCUAUGCUAAUAUGGAAUUAAUGGGAACUUACUACUGCUUGCACUCGUUUGAAUAUGGCA